AUGCUGGCGACUCUGUUUGGCAGCGUCUGCUCGGUCGAGAUCUUCAUCGAUCAGGAAGGGCGCAAGGCGACGUAUCUCUCCAGAGACAAGAAAGGCGAAAAAGUCCCCAUUUUCUCCGACGGCGAAGAUGUGACAGGAUGCGCAGUUCUCAGCUUGAAGCCUGGCAAAAAACUGGACCACAACGGAAUCAAAGUCGAGCUCAUCGGUCAAAUCGACAUGCUGUACGACCGCAGCAGCUCCUACGACUUCUUUUCCAUUUCGAAGGAUCUCGAGCCGCCCGGCGUGCUGGUGGAGAGCAAGAAGUAUAAAUACCGCUUCAACGCCGUGGACAAGCCCAACGAAACGUACUCGGGCAUCCACGUCCGCCUCCGCUACUUUGUUCGUCUCACCAUCAUGCGGAACUACGGCAGUAGCAUCGUGAAGGAGCAAGACUUUGUGGUUCAGAACGUGGGCAUUCCCCCCGAAGUGAACAACACUAUCAAGAUGGAGGUCGGCAUUGAGGAUUGUCUGCACAUCGAGUUCGAGUACGACAAAUGCAGAUAUCACUUGCGCGACGUCGUGGUCGGAAAAGUCUACUUCGUGCUCGUUCGAAUAAAGAUCAAAAACAUGCAAAUCGACAUUAUCCGCACGGAAACGGCAGGCACCGGCUCCAACGCUGUGACGGACUCUGAGACGCUCACGAAGUUCGAGAUCAUGGACGGCGCGCCGAUUCGAUCCGAGUGCAUUCCUGUGCGCGUGUAUUUGAGCGGCUUCGACUUCACGCCGACUUACAAGAACGUGCAAAACAAAUUCUCCGUGCGGUACUUUCUCAACUUGGUUUUGAUCGAUGAAGAAGAUCGGCGGUAUUUCAAGAAACAGGAAAUCACCAUGUGGAGGAAGAAGAUCGGCUGA